GAUAUUUUUGCGUUGAACAGAAUCGUUGUCACUUGUCAGUCUUCACUACGGAGCUGUUUUUUUUCGAUUCGCCGGAAAAAUCACAAAUUUCAAAUUCUGCAACCACCGAUUCAUCGGAAUCCAAUGCCGGAGGAUUCUACUUCAAUAGACUACGCGAUGGAGAAGGCAUCGGGGCCUCACUUCUCCGGUCUUCGCUUCGACGGCCUUCUCUCUUCUUCUCCACCCAAUUCCUCCGUCGUCUCUUCACUUUCUCACCUCCGAUCAGCUGUUUCUUCUUCUUCUCCGGCUUCUUCCGAUCCCGACGCUCCCAAACAGCCCUUCAUUAUCGGGGUUUCCGGUGGUACGGCUUCCGGUAAAACCACGGUCUGCGAUAUGAUAAUCCAGCAACUUCAUGACCAUCGUGUUGUUCUAGUUAAUCAGGAUUCCUUUUAUCGUGGUUUGACAUCUGAGGAGUUGCAGCGUGUGCAAGAGUACAACUUUGAUCAUCCCGAUGCUUUUGACACCGAGCAGCUUUUGCAUUGUGCUGUGACUCUCAAGAGCGGGCAACCCUAUCAAGUUCCAAUCUACGACUUUAAGACCCAUCAACGUAGAUCUGAUACUUUCCGCCAGGUCAAUGCUUCUGAUGUUAUAAUAUUGGAAGGGAUUCUAGUUUUCCAUGACUCACGAGUUCGGAAUCUGAUGAAUAUGAAGAUAUUUGUUGAUACAGAUGCUGAUGUAAGGCUUGCUCGCAGAAUCAGGCGUGACACAGUUGAAAGGGGUAGGGAUGUCAAUUCUGUGCUUGAACAGUAUGCAAAGUUUGUGAAGCCGGCAUUUGAUGACUUUGUGCUCCCCUCAAAGAAAUAUGCUGACGUGAUCAUUCCUCGAGGAGGUGAUAAUCACGUUGCAGUCGAUUUGAUUACGCAACAUAUCCACACAAAACUUGGGCAGCAUGAUCUCUGCAAAAUCUACCCAAAUGUUUACGUCAUCCAGUCAACAUUUCAGAUAAGAGGCAUGCAUACACUUAUUCGGGAGAAGGACAUAUCAAAGCAUGACUUUGUGUUUUAUUCAGAUCGACUCAUUCGUCUGGUCGUGGAGCAUGGUCUUGGUCAUUUGCCAUUCACUGAGAAACAAGUAGUUACUCCAACAGGAGCUGUAUAUACCGGUGUUGAUUUCUGCAAGAAACUUUGUGGGGUCUCAAUUAUUAGAAGUGGUGAAAGCAUGGAAAAUGCAUUACGCGCUUGCUGCAAAGGAAUUAAAAUAGGGAAGAUUCUCAUCCACCGUGAUGGCGACAAUGGAAAACAGCUUAUUUAUGAGAAGCUUCCUCACGACAUCUCUGAACGGCAUGUCCUGCUUCUAGAUCCUGUCUUAGCCACCGGUAACUCUGCAAAUCAAGCCAUUGAAUUACUCAUACAGAAAGGAGUUCCUGAAUCUCACAUUAUAUUCCUCAACCUUAUCUCGGCGCCGGAGGGAAUCCACUGUGUCUGCAAACGUUUUCCAGCAUUGAAGAUAGUGACGUCUGAAAUAGACCAGUGUCUGAACCAAGAGUUCCGAGUUAUACCGGGCUUAGGUGAGUUUGGCGAUCGUUAUUUUGGCACCGACGAGGAAGACCAGUAGUCACCACUCAACACUGUGACCGGUUUCGAGCAAAAACAGAUGCAUUGAAACAGCCUAAAUUCUAUGACUAGAGCGACACUAGAGGCACGUGUAUGUCUUUGUACUAAAGAACCAUUCUCUUAUGAUUUAUGAAGCUUUUAUUGCUUACUCGAAUUACUUUUGAAAACUUAAGUUAAUUUUCUGAUUAAUUUAGAAAUUACUAAUU